UAACCUAACCUAACUAAAACAAAUCUAUUUCUAAUGUCAUUUUAAUGAAAACAUUAAAGAUGAAAAAAAUACUUAAACUCAAACAGCUGUAACAAAGUAACAACAUUGGAAGUAAUUAUGGUUAGUCUAAAUAAUUCAUUUUUAUAUGGAAUAUGCUUUGCUUCGGCCACUUGGUUAAUUUCCCUGUAUUUGUACUUUCAAAUAAUGAAAAAUGAAAGUUCUCCUACAAAAGGGCCAUAUAGUUUUCAUUACACAAGUACAAAUCUUAGUAACAGUAUUAAAUUCGAGCCUACACACCAUACUUUGCGACAAAUUGAACUUAUUUCGGACAAUGCAUUAAUGGACAUUGGAAUGAUUACAAAUUUGAAAGAUCAAGAAGUUAAAGACGAAGGAUAUAAAGUGCAUGCUUAUAAUGUGUUAGUUAGUAAUAGACUGAGCUUAAACAGGAGCAUUCCAGAUACAAGGAACCAGCUGUGCAAAGAAAAAGUUUAUCCUGACAAUCUUCCAAAAGCUAGUAUAAUUGUUUGCUUUUACAAUGAACAUUUUAGAACACUCCUCAGAACCGUUUAUUCUAUACUCAACAGGACACCUGAUAAAUUAUUAGAAGAAAUAUUGUUAAUAGAUGACGAAAGUGAUAUUGAAAAUUUACAUGAAGAUAUAGAUAAGUAUAUAAAGCAGAAUAAUUUAAAAAAAGUUAAGUUGUUUAAGACUGAUAGAAGAGAAGGGUUGAUCAGAGCUAGAUUGGUUGGUGCUAGGAAAGCUCAAGGACAGGUUCUUAUUUUUUUGGACAGUCACAUAGAGGUAAACAAUGGAUGGAUAGAGCCGCUCCUCUCUCGAAUCAAAGAAAAGCGAUCAAAUGUGGUAAUGCCAAUAAUUGAUAUUAUAAAUCCAGAUACAUUUAAUUACUCUGGUAGUCCUCUUGUCCGAGGUGGUUUCAACUGGGGACUGCAUUUUAAAUGGGAAAAUUUACCCACAGGUACUUUACAAACAAAAGAGGAUUUCGUCAAACCGAUUAAAUCUCCCACAAUGGCAGGCGGUCUGUUCGCGAUCGACAAGAACUACUUCAUCGAUAUCGGCGAAUAUGACGCUGGUAUGAAUAUAUGGGGAGGAGAGAAUCUAGAAAUAUCAUUUAGGAUAUGGAUGUGCGGAGGAUCUUUGGAGUUGAUACCAUGCAGUAGAGUUGGUCAUAUUUUUAGGCACAGAAGGCCCUAUGGGUCGCCUGAUGGGAAGGAUACUAUGCUGCAUAAUUCGUUAAGAGUUGCUCAUGUAUGGAUGGAUAAUUACAAGGAUUUCUUCUUGAAACAACGAUCGGAUUCCAAAAACGUCGAUUACGGCGACAUCUCCUCUCGACUACAGCUCCGUAAAGAACUGCACUGCUACGAUUUCGACUGGUAUCUCAAACACGUAUAUCCCGAGCUCCCUCUACCGAGCGAAGAAGGCGAACGGCUGAGGAAGAAAUGGUCAGCCUUGGAGAGAGACUCCUUCCAGCCCUGGCAUCUAAGGAAACGAAACUACGUCGAUCAGUACGAGAUACGACUGCAUAAUAGUAGUCUGUGCGUGCAGAGUGAGAAGGAUAAAACCAAAGGUAGUUCUUUGGUAUUGAGGAGUUGUUUACGUACCAAGAACCAGAUGUGGUAUGAAACGGACAAGAAUGAGCUAGUUUUGGCUCAGUUACUCUGCCUCCAAUACGGAAAAUCAGCCCCCAUUUUAUACAAAUGUCACGAAAUGGGAGGAGAUCAAGAGUGGAAGCACAAAGGAGGGAAAGAAACGCCAAUUUACAAUUUAGCUGCAGGGACUUGCCUGGCAGCCGAAAAGAAGUCAAUCAAUGCUUCCGUUGUCAUGAAGUUGUGUUCCGAUCCCAUUUUAUCGACUUGGGAUCUAGUGUGAUAAUAAAACAGUUGCAUUGAACAACCGUUCGAUGACUGCUUAGUCUAUAUUGAUGAUCAAAUUUGUUAAAAAGUGUAACUCGUCUAUAGGAAACAGUAUGUUCCCUGUGGAUUAGCUAAAACCAUUCUUUUACUUCUUAACUAUAUUGUAGUAGGAUAUUUUUAGACUAUUUCUAUAGUUUUCCCUGUUUUAUUAAGAAAUUUUACGAACGCUUUUACCAGAGAACAUCCAUAGAGUUAUAUAUUAGCAUAGAGAGAGUGUCAUUCAGAGCGAAGUGACGACACCAUCUUUUUUAUUUGGAUUAGUGCUGUUUCACUCUUACGCAUAUUAAAGCUGCUACAGUUGUCCUCCUCUUCCGUGCCUAUUCUUUUUCUCAUGAUCAUCUUUCAGUGCGUCACAGUUUUUCGAUUUCUCUCUAACGCAUUAAAUUGUAUGUGACAGAAAAAAAGGCACGUCUGGGAAUACUUCGGUAAUUAUUCUAGUUCGGUGAUUAUUCUAGUUGUCGAUAGAUGGCACCAUAAUCAAAAAAGAAUUAUUUAUUAAAUAAAAUAAUAAUAUUAUCAAUAUAAUCUGUACAAUUUAUAAGACUAUACAAAUGAAAGAAAAUACCAUUUUAUAAAUGCAAUAGACACAAUUGAUUUGGUUUUAUUCCAAAUUGAAAAUAAAAUUUGACAACUGUCAGAUUUAACUAAAAUGUCACGUUAGAAUAAAUGUCAUAAAUGUGUAUUAUCACGGACUUACCUUUUUUUCUAUAAUUUGUGACGCACUGAAAAAUGUUCAUGAAAAGGAGAAUAUCUUCACACUGAAUGUCAUCAUAGAUUUUCGAUACAAUGUGUUAGAAAGAGAUGCAGCAAACCAGUCCAUGAGAUCUUGUCGUCAGGAAGCGCGGAAGGUAGGCUCCCUCUAUGUUAAUAUAUACCUCUAUGAGAACACCUACUGUCACAGUAAUGACACUUGUAUAUUUUUUAGAGGUUAUGUUUCACGUGAUAGAAUUGGCGAGGAACCGCAAAGUGGGCGACGCCUGGUGGCGAAUUUGAAAAGCAUCAACUCUAGGAAAACAUUGACUUUGCCAUUAAUUUGUGUAUAUAUUUGCGGUCAGUUUAUGCAUAGAGGUAAAUAUUAACAUAGAGGAAGUCUACCUUUCGCGCUUCCUGACGACAAGAUCUCAUGGACUGGUUUGCUGCAUCUCUUUCUAACACAUUAUAUCGAAAAUCUAUGAUGACAUUCAGUGUGAAUAUAGGCACGGAAGAGGAGGACAACUGUAGCAGCUUUACUAUGCGUAAGAGUGAAACAGCACUAAUCCAAAUAAAAAAGAUGGUGUCGUCACUUCGCUCUGACAGACACUCUCUCUAUGCUAAUAUAUAACUCUAUGAGUUUAUGUUGUAAUUAAGAAUAAUUUCGACUUAAAAAAACUAUUGCAGUGUUCCUCAGUAUUCAUUCCUAUUAUACUCUACGUAAUGACCUAAAUUAACCAAUGCCAAAUCACACAUUUUGUUAAUUUAACGUUUGUAUUAAACGUAGUAUUUUUUAAUGUUUAAGCGACUGGAAAAUUAAAUAAAUAAAUAAAAUGUAGUAUACAUUCUGUACAUAGAAUGUACAUUGUUUUGCAAAAUAUUCCGACCACCUCGUAAUUUCACCACGUUUUCAGUUUCUAUUUAAUUAAAAAUUGUUAUCUGUUGGUGUAAAAUAAAUUGUAGUGUACCUAUUAAUUAAAUUAAAAACAAAAUUAGAAAUUCCAAGAUAGAUUAAUAAUUUUUAGAACGAUGUGUGACUAUCGGGGGCCAGAUUUUUUUAUGAAAAAAAGGUAAAAACAAAUCAGUAGUUAGCAUCAAAUUUUAAUGAAUGCAUACAGAUGAAACAUAAUUUUGAGUCGUCUUUAACUUAUAAGAUGUCUUAGUGGCAAAACUUAGUGGUUACUUUGGCAAAACACUCCUGUAAAUGAUUUUAAUUUAACGUUGUAGAACUGUGAGAUCAAAUGACAAAAUGAAUUGUUUUCCUAGAGUUAUCGUCCAUCUUUGAAAUUUUGAGCGCCCUCUGUCGGAAUUUAAUUUUGCGAAUUAGAAGAAGUUGUUAACUACUUUUAACGCCUUAUUCUGCUGGGUUUCCGUAAACGAUAUAGGUACAGUUGACACCUUCAUGCACCAGAAAAUCUAAACUAUUAAGAAAUAACGCCUAAUGUUUAGGUAUAUGAACAAAAAGGUUAAGAAAUUAUUAUUAAGCAUAAGCAUAAUCACGAACUUGGCAGAAAAUUCCACCACUCGUCUCUUCAAUUAUAAUUUACUAGGUAAUAAUUUUGUUACCAUUUUUGUGUUGUUUGGAUGAUAUUUUGCCAUCGAAUGUGUGGACAAGACUGAAGAAAAACCGCUUUAGGUGUUUCUUAAAACGUUAUUGUCUUUCGUAUAGUAGUCCUUUUUCGUAUAGUAAAAAGAUAAUGUCACAGACUAGGGAUGUACAUAUUUUCUAUAGAUGGUUACCUACACUUUUUAAGGAUAUCUUUUUUUGUAUCAAUACUCUUUUUAAUUGUCUUUAGACUCUCUAAUUUAAAGAAAGCUCAUUUUAACUUAAGUUAGUUUAUAGAGUGGGCCAAAGAAAGCAGUCAAUCUUUACAUUUGUCUAAAACAGGUGGAUUUUUAUUCUAGUCGAAAGCGACCCCAUUUUUGCAAAAAAGUAGUAAUUUAUUAAAACUCUAACACCUUUGAAAAAUUAAACGUAACGCCUAUGGUUCGCUGCCUAUUAGAAAUUGCAUUGCGACUAAUUCUGAGAGAACAAUAAAGUAAAUAAAAUGAAAACAUUUUUAAUAUGCAUGGUACAAUUUUGCGCAUGACAUUUGACAGCUGAGGUCAAGCGUGUGACGUAGCAAAGAUCCCUGUGAGCCAUUAUUUGUAAUGCUACAGUUACUAUUAUAUGGAUUAUUUUGCAAAAUUCUUAUGAUUAACUCGUUUUAGCGAUUAUUUCAGUUUUUUGGAUAGUAUAUUUGUGUCAUAGUUUGUAUAGACUAAUUUAAGAACAUUUACUCGUUAGUGUGUAUAUAGUUUUAUUUACUUUCGUGUAUUUGUGUUUGGUGUUUGUACUCAAGUGUAGGAGUUGUUCAGUACCUACCUAAAUUACAAAGUGAUCAUCAAAAAUUAAGAAGUGGGAUACCCUGUAUAUUUGAAAAUAAUUUGAAAAUUUGUAGCGACCCAUUUUUAUGUGGAUAUUACUUUUUUUGUAUCUUUAAACAACUGAAAUAUCGAACUCUUGAGUACCACUUGAUCAACCUGUAUGUAUAAUAAACAAAUAAUAAUUAAAAAAAUGCUUUAUAAUGGAUAUCUGUGUUAACAAAAUAAAAGUUUCUAAAAUAUCAGUUUCAAAACCUCGCUAAAAUAACUACCCGAAAAUCAACAAAAUUAAAUUAGCUACAAAAUAUUUUUUAUUAUUAAAUAUUAUAAUAACACAACUUUAUCAUUUCUUUAUAAUUACUCUAAUUAAAUUAGACAAAUUGUAUUAAAAAUUUAAAAUUAAAAAGUCUUUUCUAUAAAACUACAUUCAAAUAUUGCGUGAAGAAGGAUCUUUACUACGUCAUGCGCGAAAGCGACCGAUCUUGGAACAUUACGUGCCAUAGGUACCUGGGAAUUUAAUAUGUAUGUAAUUAUAAAGUCACUUCUCGUUUUCAUUGCCGUUACGGUUAAUUUUUAAAAGGGAUAACACAUUCACUAAAUUCAUAUUUGUCACAAAAAUGGAGUUAAUUCUUGAAAAAAAUCAUAGAUGCCUCAAUUCUCCAUCCAAUUCGCUCUUUAACGAUGUAGCAGACAUGAUAUAUUCUUUAUUUAAGAAGUAUCGGACUGUUUUCAACGGCCCACUCUCUUUACACAGCAUGUGUCACAUUCAACAGAAAAGAAUUUGGUAUAUAAAUAGCUGUUGAUAUUAACAAUUCUUUUGAUACAGGAUGUCUCAAAAUAACUUAACAUAAAUUUCAUGGUGUUCUGUUUAGAAAUAUAUAACUUUAUGUUUCCCUUAUUUUGGCAUCUCUGUAUAUAUUUAACUAAUUUUGAUUUAUAGUAGCUACUGAUAUUUGUAUUCGUAGCAAAGGAGUUUUAGUAAGAUUUACCAUUUCGUCUGUAUGUGACACACUCUGUAUAAUUCAUUACUAAUAAUUGUUUUUGUAGAUCUUUUAUUUAAAUUGUCUCAAAAUUUUUAAGACUGAAUGUGAACAACUGUUAAGUGUAUUCCAAAUUAGGUAAUUUUAGGAAAUUUUUAUCAUUAUGUGAAAAUUUUUUUGGUCGCUUUGAGUUUUUACAUGGAAUUUGGUAUCUAUGGACAUGUCGAGGUUAAAGGUGGGCUUUUUAGGGGGAGGGAGCUAGAUAGACUAGUGAUAUCCUGAAAUGAGCUAAUAGACUUACAAAUAGGGGAAGACUGACAUAUCCAGUCGAGUCCAGAACUGUUUAUUAAGUAGACAUUGAACUCCACAAGCACAACUGUGCCCUGGAAAGUCUUUCAUAACCUAAUACAGUCCAUAGAACAUAAAAUAUAUGUGGCCAAAAUGGAUUUUCACAUGUGUUGACUUUUAUUAUUAUAUACACUUUUAUUGAUUUUUUUAAUAGUUUAGGCUCAUAUGGACGGCGUUAUGCAUAACUCGACCAAGCGCCAAAACAUAGUUUUGAGAUAAAUGGCUUCAAAGUUUUUUGGUUCUUGGUUGCUUAAUGGUCGCUUAAUGGUAAGUGGAUUAAUGUCGCUUGGUUUAAUUUUUUUUCUUAGUAACCGUUAACGUGACAAUAACAGGGAUUUUUUCCAAGAUAGUUUUAGCUAUGUAUCACCAGAAUCCGCUGUUAUCUCAAUAAUUAAGAAAUGGCGCUUGGUCGAGUUAUGCAUAACGCUGUCCAUAUUUAAAUCUAAUAGACAGUGCUUUUCGUCAAUUGGUAGAAACUGUAAAAAAAUGUACAAAAUUCUCACAAGAAUUUAAAAUAACAAUAACAGAGCUUCUUAAAUGUAAAAUGUGAUUGAUAUGGAACAGCAAUAUAGGUGUAUAUCUAUUUUUCACACAAAUAAUUUUAAGUUGUACAAUAGUGGAUUCACGUAACAUUUUCCCAUUUAUCAACGGAUGGGUAUGAAUGAAACUCAAUAUUUCGCUGUGUUCGAAGCAGUUGUGAUAAAGAAAGUUUUUCUUUUUUAAAUUUUUAUCGUUAAUUUAUUGGUAAUUACAUAGAAUAGGUACGCACAUCAAAAGGUUGUUUAUUAUUGAGCAAAAUUCGUAUUUUUGGCAAACCUCGUAUUUAUUCGCUUUGAUUUUUACAUGAUCCAACCUCUGGCGGACAAAAAAUAACUAAACUACCCACUUAUGCCCAAAGAGUUAUAGAUUAUCAUAGAGAGAGUGUCAUUCAGAGCGAAGUGACGAUACCAUCUUUUUUAUUUGGCAUAGUGCUGUUUCACUCUUACGCAUAGUAAAGCUGCGACAGUAGUCCUCCCCUUCCGUGCCUAUACUCACACUUAAUGUCAUCUUAGUUUGUCGAUACAAUGAUGUUAGAAAGAGAU